AUGGAUGAGCGUAGCGGAAAGAUGGCGCUCCAAGAAGAAGAAGAUAAAUCGAGCAAACCGUCUUUUAGUGGCAAGUGGCAGACAUCCGAUAAAAAGGAAAAAAAGAAGUCGAAAAAACGCCAGAAGAGUGACGGUGAAAGUGACAGUCGCAGUGACGGUCGCAAUUCAGGCUCUGACGGCAAAAAAACCAAGCGUGUGAAAAAAUCGAAUUCAAACGACAACUGUCAGCAGCAAGAAGGCAGCGCUGACAGUGUGAAAGCUGUUGUCAAGGCUGAAAAUGACGAAAAGUCGGCGUUACCGGAGAAAGAGAAAAAGAAGUCAAAGAAACAUGGCAAAGAAAAUGGCGCUGAACAUGACAAGGAUGAAAAUGCAGAAGAGCAGAAAAAGGCCAAAAAGCAGCGCAAGGAGAAAGCCGCUAAAUUUGAAGGCGAUAACUGCGAUGGCAAUGUCGCUGCAAGUGUGCCCGUUUCUGUCAAGGCUGCCAAUGCCGAAAGUGUGCCCGUUUCUGGCAAAGCUGGUAAUACCGAAAAAGCUUCGACGCAGCAGGAUGAAAUAAAACGUUCCACAAAAAGCAGCGCUGACAACGAAGACGCAGAAAACGAAACAGAAGAAAAAUAUGACGAGGACGCUGAAUAUAAUGAAGAAUAUGACGAGGACGCUGAAGAUAAUGACGAUUGGAAUGAAGGUGAAUUCACUGAGGUAGAAAAUGUCAAAAAAAAUACCGAAGAAACAGAAUCUGAAGAUGAAGCGUCUGAUGAUGAAGAGUUUGAAGAUGAGUCGACAGACAAUGCAUCUGAAAACGAACGUCGAGAGGAACACGAAAGCAGCGAAAUCGAAGACGUCGAUAACGACAGCGACGAUAACGAAAUCAAAAACGAUAACAAAAACGAUAGCGACAGCGACGAUGACUUGGUAAGUGUGGCCGCAUCCGAGGAGGCUGUAAAUACCGGAAAGUCGGAUGACGAGAAAAGUGAAAAUAGUUUGUUUAAUUAUUGGAUGGGUCGCGAGAAGAUAACAAAUGCCAAGAUGAAAGCAAAGCAACGCGAAAAUAGCGAUGACAAUGCAAAGGAACAGGCUGUAAAGAAACGCCGCAAUCGGCGCGAAAGCAGCGACGAAGCAGAAGAGGAAAAGAAGAAGCGUUCAAAGAAAUCAAAGAAACGUCGCAAGGAGCGUGAAAGCAACAGCAGCAGCGAUGAUGACAAUUGGGUCGAACUCGACAGCAACACUGUCAACGCCAAAAAGCAGGAGGCAAAGCAAGUCAAGGAUAAGAAAAAGCAUGCAAAGAAAUCCAAGAAACAACACAGGGAACGCGAACGCAAAGCAGCUGAUGAUAAUAGCGUGCAAAGUGUGACCGUUGCAGUCAAGGCGGGUAAUGCCGACAAACCAGUGUUGAAACGUGACGAGUGGAUGUCUGUCAGCCAGAGCGGCAUGCUCAAAACCUAUAGCAAGGAACGCAAGGAACCCUGCAAACCAAAUGACAAGUUGCAGCAAAUUGACGCAUAUGAGCCAUCAAAAAGCAAGUAUGAAUUGAAUCCAUAUUGGAAGAGCAAUGGCACAGGGCUGCCAGACUUUCAGAAACCCAAAGCAGAUGAUGAACCAGGGACGUCGAUGCGUGCCAGAAGCACAAUGAACAGCGGCAUACGCAACUGGCAAAAGCCAAUGACUUCGAGCUCGAAUUCAAACUGGAACUCGUAUGGGGAUUCGAAAUCGAACUUGAAUAUGAAUGCAAGCUGCAGCAAAGCCAACACUAUGACGCAAAAGCCAAUGGCUUUGAACUGGGGUUUGAGCGCGAACUCGAAUUCGAACUCGGAUUCGUAUUUUAUGGCUGAAGCCAACACCAUGCUUAAGCCAAGGACUUUCAAGCGGAAUUUGAACUACAACUCGAACUCGAACUCGAACUUGAGCAUGGAGGAGGAUAAGGAUGAGUCAGGAACAUCUAGUUCCGGCGCGGAGGAGAAAACUGAACGUGCCUCAUCUGCGGAACCCGAAUUCGUAACCGAUGAGCAAAUCAACAAAUUGGCGGCCAAAGCACUUAAAGCUGAACUCAAGGGAAUUACUGCAAAAUUUCUACGCUUAACUGAAGAAUUGGUCUAUGCUCGAAAAGUGCGCGCUUAUUACCAAAAUAAAGCCAAAACAGCUAACCAAGCGCAAAGCGCCAAUCAAAAGGAACAGCAGAAGGAAAAGAUAAGCGAGAAAGAGAUGGAGAAACAUGUGCUGCUCACACGCAUGGAUGCUGCCGGCAAUUCGCGUCCAUUGUUGCAAUCGCGCCAAAUCGAUAACAGCUCGUUGUAUGGUGGUCGCAAGGGGGAGAAGAAAAAGAAGGACAAGAAGAUGGAGACACACGAUGGAGAUGGACAACGUGUGCGCUACUUUGCCGAUGACGAUCGCUACAAUCUCAAGGAAAUGUUUGAACGUGAAAAGCUGCCUGAAACGGCGGCUGAUUUGGAGGCACAAUACGCACGCAUUGCCGCCAAGCACAAGAAUCCCAACGAUGAUAUCGAUGACAUUUUUACCGAUGAAAUGCGCACGAAUCUAUCGCAGGCGAAUAGCGAACAACGCGAAUUUCAUCGCGCAAUUCGUGAUCACGAGAAGAUGGCGGCAACUCUGGAGAAUUGUGUGCGCUGCUAUGAAUCGAUUAAAUUCGAUAAGCAAUUGAUGGUAACCCUGGGUGAGAAGAUCUAUUUGAGUCUGCCCUGGCAUGUGGGUCUGCAGCAGAGUCACUGCAUUUUGUCAACCCUGGAGCACGUAACCAGCUGCACUCAGUUGGAUGAGGAUGCCUGGGAAGAGCUGAACAAAUUCCGUACUGCAUUAACUCGCAUGUUGGGCGAGGAUAUAAUUUUCUAUGAGAUUGCCAAUAAUUUGCACAAGCGUCCACAUUUGAGUGUUCACUGUAUUCCAAUUCCAUGGCGUCACGGUGAAAUUGCGCCAUUCUAUUUCAAAAAGGCCAUCGAGGAAUCGGAAACAACUUGGAGCGUGAACAAGCAACUGAUCCCAUUAGGGAACAACAACAAAUCGUUGCGUGCGGCUGUUCCCAAGGGAUUGCCUUACAUCUGGGUUAACUUUGGCAUGGGACAGGGAUUUGCUCAUGUCAUCGAGGAUCAGGAUCGUUUCCCUCCUCACUUUGUGCAGGAAAUUAUUGGUGGCAUGCUUCGUUUGCAACCAAAUUCUUGGCGCAAGCCGCGCAAGGAGCAGAAUCCAUUGGAAAAGGUCAAAUCGUUUGCUGAUAAAUGGAAGAACUUUGACUGCACCAAAUAAUUCUUAAAUCAAUUACAAAUUAAACAAACGAAGAAAGAUUCACGACGAAAGAUUGUGCCACUGUGACACCUGUGGACUGUGACGCUCUGUGACGCAGUGUGAAAAACAACAUACGACAACAACCCAUCUCAAGGACUGAACAGGACAUUUUAUUCAAAAUGUGCAAAUAAAAUAUUUAAUGUUGUAAAUUAAAUAUUUCAAUAAAACUUUGGUGUUUUAACAUCAAUAAAA